AUUAGCCCAUUAUUUUGUUAACCGACUAAAAUCGGAAAAUCGAAGUGUAUAUAUAUAUUGCUACUACUUGCUAGGGUUUACCCAAUAUCUCUAGUUUUUAACAUAUCUUUUUCUUUGUUGAAUCGGCAAAUCAUGAGUUCCUCAUCUCCCAUAUCGAUUAACGAUCUCACCAGUUCCUUGGCUAACACGCCGCGCCUCCUAUUCGCCAUCGUAGAAAACGGCAACGAAAACGCAAAAGCCUGCGGUGUGUGGAGCUUCUUCUCAUCACCUCAGCUUGAGAAUCCAUAUGAGAAAUCAUCGUCGACGACUCUUGUAGCAGCGGCCGAAUUCCAUGUGAGAUUCUCUCCAAACAAUCUACUGAUCAAUCAUGAUUAUGACCUAAAAUAUUGUUCAUGUGGCUACGUCUCUGGCUUGUUCUAUAUCCAUGGUAAUAGAUACCAGGCUAGACCUCUGAUAUGUAACCCCAUCACGGGACGGUAUGCAAUCUUACCUGAUAGGUAUACUUACCGAAAGGCGUAUAGCUUUUUCGGGUUUGACCCGAUUGAGAAGCAAUACAAGGCAUUGUCCAUGGCUUAUUACUGUGGUCCUGGCCGUAAUAAAAUUCUUACACUUGAAGAUGGAGAUUUGACGUGGAGAAGGAUCAAAUGUCCCAUACGACAUGAUAUUAAGAGUGAUGGGGUAUGCAUCAACGGGGUUUUGUAUUACUUGUGUGAUACGUCAGAUUGUUGUAAUGAUGCUCAUGUUGUGACGUCUGAUUAUGUGAUAGUGUGCUUUGAUGUUAGGUCUGAAAAGUUCACCUUUAUUGAUGUAGAAAGGUUUUGUCGAUUGAUUAACUAUAAGGGCAAAUUAGCUGUGAUCUAUUGGGAGGAUGAUGAAGACAUUUAUCAUAAGUGUUUUUAUGGGAAAGAUAUCGAUGAGUAUUUGGAGGAAAAUCUUGAUGUUGAUGCCACUAAUGAGUUGCGUGUGUGGGUUUUAGAGGAUGUUGAGAAACAGGAAUGGUCGAAAUAUGAAUACACUUGGACCGAUGAUAGAUUCUUCCGCCGUCAGGUUUCCAUCGCUGGUGCGACUGCUUCAGGUGAAAUAGUGUUUUCGAUGAACAAGUAUACAUCUAAACAACCGUUUUAUGUUUUCUACUUCAAUCCCGAAACGAAAACUCUCCAACGUGUUGAAAUCCAAGGUUUUGGUGAAGCGUUUAAGAAACCUUGUAGUGUUCGCACCUUUGUAAACCACGUAGAGGAUCUUAAUCUUAACGAUUUAGAACUACUCAAGUCAGUCCACCCUCCACUGGAGAAGCCAGAAUAUGUACAAGAUUCAGAAUCAGACUGAGAAGUGAGAGGGGACGUACGAUAUGUCGAUGUCAUCAC